AUAUCAUAUAAAAAUAUUAAAAACAUCGCCCCCCUCACCCCCCCGCAUGAAAAUCGUGGCGGAAAAACGUGGGAAAAACAAAGCAAUGCCAGUUAUUUAAAGAACAUAAUACGAUAGAAAUAAUCCAUCGGAACAGUUCCCGCGACUGGCCAACUUAAGGUGACUAUACCCACAUAGAAACUAUGCCCAAUCACGCCCAGCUCAUCUACCCAAAAACAAAAUAGUUCGCACUUAGCUUAGCUUGCCAGCAGCAGACCCAAUUUCAAAACAGUGCCACCGCGAAUCGAGUCCCGCCAACGUGAAUCCGAGUCCCGGUCACAGAGCUGCCACCAUCGCUAUGCUGGCCAACGAUUCCGCAACGACAGACGCUCUGGAAGCGGCCGUGGCUAGCAGCACAACAAACGAUGUGUCCACACCGCCGGUGUCGAGGAAAGAUGUGACAGAUGAUGCUGACGAGGGUGAUAACGACAACGACCACGACAUCGACAUCGACGACACAGACGCAAAUGCGGAUGUGGAUGUUGAUGCGGAUGCGGCUGCUGCUGCGGCUGCCGCUGUUGCUGCCAGUGCCCUGGAGGCCGAGGAGCGCGAGGAGCUGCAGCAGUUUAUGAACGAGCUGCGCGACAAGAUCGAGAGCAAGCGACAGCUGCGGCUCCAGAACUCCACAUUCGAGCUGCCCGGCGAGGAGUACUUCGCCAAACUGGACUCCAAUCUCAAAAAGAACACGGCUUUCGUCAAGAAACUUAAGCUAUUCACGGCCACACAGCUGGACGGACUACUGCGUGAGCUAUCCGCUCUAAAUCUAAGCAAAUACAUCUCCGAAAUAUGCGCCGCGCUGGCCGAGGCCAAGCUGAAAAUGACGGAUGUGCCGGCGGUGGUGACACUGGCAUCCCGGCUGCACUGCACAUAUGCCGACUUCGAUGUCCAGUUCCUGGAAGCGUGGCAAAAGGCCCUUAACAUCAAGGCCACCGAGAAGAUUGGCAAUCCGAGUAAACUACGCGUCGAUCUUCGACUGUUUGCCGAACUAGUCAGCUCUGGUGUGAUCCAAAUGAAGCCCGGAUUGGCCCAACUGGGUGUGGUCCUGGUGCAUCUGAUUGCCCAGGACAAGGAUGACCACAGUAACUUCUCAAUCAUCCUCUCCUUCUGCCGGCACUGUGGCGAGGAGUAUGCCGGUCUAGUGCCGCAAAAGAUGCAGCAGUUGGCCACCAAAUACGGAGUGGAGGUACCGAAAUCCGACUUCCUGACGGCCGACAAGCAGCUUAAUCUGCGCACCAUGCUCAAGGGUUACUUCAAGGCCCUGUGCAAGCAUGUUUUGGCCGAACAGACCGAACUGAUGAACAUGACCAAGAACAUACGACGCACCAUGGAGUGCAAGGGCGAGAUAUCCACGGAGAAGCGCGAGAAGUGUGAGCUAAUGCAGGCCGGGUUCGAUAAGCUGCUGGCCUCCGCCCAAUCGCUGUCGGAACUGCUGGGUGAACCACUGCCCGAGUUGGCCAAGGAGUCGGAGUGCUGUAAUCCGGGCACAGUCAUCGACAAUAUGCUGGACAGUGCCUCCUUCGGGGUGCUCGAUCCGUGGGGCGACGAGGAGACACGCUCCUUCUACACCGAUCUGCCCGAUUUGAGGCAGUUUCUGCCCAACUUUUCGGCACCCAAAGUCGAUUUGGAAACGUUGGAGGAGCCCAGUGAACUUACUGAGGAAGCAAUCGAUGCCAAUCUGGAUGCCGAAAUGGAUUUAGAUGAUCCACCUUCCACCACGUCGGAUACGGCUCUGGAAAAUCCCAGCGAAGAGCAGCCAACCACACCAGUUGCCCCAGCGGAGGAUGUAAAGCCGCAAAAGAUGGGUAACGCUCUAAUGGAACUGGGACGCCAGCAGCAAAGUCAGCUCAACCAGAAUCCCAGCCAGACCCAAAACCAGAUGCGUCAGCAGUUCGAUGGCUUUCUGGUCAACCUAUUCAACUGUGUGAACAAGGAGCUGAUCGAUUCGGCGGCCAUCGAGUUCCUGCUAAACUUCAACACUAAGCAUCAGCGCAAGAAACUGACCCGCACGAUAUUCUCAGUGCAACGCACGCGUCUGGAUAUCCUGCCCUAUCUCUCCCGCUUUGUGGCUAUUGUGCAUAUGUGCAAUACCGACGUGGCCGCCGAUUUGGCAGAAUUGCUACGCAAAGAGUUCAAGUGGCACAUUCACAAGAAGAACCAGCUGAACAUCGAGUCGAAGCUCAAGAUCGUGCGAUUCAUAGGCGAAUUGGUGAAGUUUGGGUUGUUCAAGAAGUUCGAUGCCUUAGGAUGUCUGAAAAUGUUGCUCAGGGACUUUCAGCAUCACCAAAUCGAGAUGGCCUGUGCCUUUGUGGAAGUCAGUGGCGUGUAUCUGUACAAUUGCCGUGAUGCCCGUCUGCUGAUGAAUGUGUUUCUGGACCAGAUGCUGCGCUUGAAAACAGCCACCGCCAUGGACUCGCGACAUGCGUCGCAGAUUGAGAGCGUUUACUAUCUGGUAAAGCCUCCAGAGUCGUCCAAGCGAGAGCCCACGGUUCGUCCGCCUAUGCAUGAGUACAUCCGUCAUUUGAUAUUCGAGGAGCUAUGCAAACAGAACGUGGAGCGCUGUAUCAAAAUGCUGCGCCGCAUCGACUGGCAGGAUGCGGAGACAAAUUGUUAUGCCAUUAAGUGCCUCAGCAAGGCGUAUCUGCUGCGCUUUCCGCUCGUCCGCUGCCUGGCCGAUCUCGUAUCCGGACUGAGCUCCUAUCAGCCGCGAGCGGUUACCAUUGUGAUCGACAAUGUGUUUGAGGAUAUCCGCGCCGGCCUUGAGAUCCAUUCGCCACGCAUGGCCCAACGGCGCAUAGCGAUGGCCAAGUACCUGGGCGAAAUGUACAACUACAAGCUUGUGGAGUCCACCCACAUUCUAAAUACGCUUUACUCCAUCAUUUCGCUGGGCGUAUCCAUGGACCAAAAUGUCGUCUCGCCGCUGGAUCCGCCCGAUAGCCUGUUCCGACUGAAGCUUGCCUGCAUGCUACUGGACACGUGUGGACCCUACUUCACCAGCCAGGCCACGCGAAAAAAACUGGACUACUUCCUGGUCUUCUUCCAACACUACUAUUGGUUCAAGAAAUCCCAUCCCGUGUUCAGCAAGUCAGAGAACACCUCCGAUUUGUUCCCCAUCCUGGUGGAUCACACCUAUAGGGACUGUCUAGCCGGUGUGCGGCCCAAGCUGAAGCUGUAUAAGAGUCUAGAGCAGGCCAAGGCGGCGAUUGAUCAGCUGCAGGAGAAGCUCUAUCCGCAGCUAAAGGCCGCCAAUAACGCGCAGGAUCCGUCGCUGGCCACAAUCAGUGAAAUUAGCGAGCUAGACGAGGGUGUCACCGAUGAGGACUCGGGGUCAUCGAACGAUCAGCGGGAGCGCCAGGUGGCUGGCCAAGAGCCGGAGCAGAGCAACGACUGGACGGAAAACGAGACGGAGCCGCCGCUGCCGCCGCCUCCGCCGCCAGAAAAGUCUAAGGAGGACCUGGAGUUCGAGCACUUGUACGAUAAAAUGACCACAGACUCGUACCAAGAACGGCUAAAGGAGCCGAUCAAGGCUACGGCCAAGGACAUACCUGUGCCGAUGAUGGCGCGCCUGCAAAAAAAGUCCUACGAACAGAUAACGGGGGCCCAGACCUCCGGCACUGGGAACAACAAUACGUCACAGAUCUCAAAGGCGGUCGCCAAUCAGGACGGAACGCCCGGCUCUCCAGGUCCAGAUCUGCCAGAUGGCAACGGCAAAUCCAGCGGCAAUGCAGGAGGUAGCGUUGUUGCUGCUACCGCUGCUGGUGCUGCUGGCGCUGCAGCUGUGCCCUUUGUGCUGAUGGUGCGCGGUAACAAGGGCGGUAAGCAGCAAUUUAAGUCGUUCGUGGCGCCAUCGGACUCGCACCUGGCCAUCAACCUGAAACGGCAGGAGCAGAAGAUACGCGAGGAGAAGGAGAAGGUCAAGCGCCUAACGCUUAACAUAACGGAGCGUAUCGAGGAGGAGGACUACCAGGAGUCGCUGCUGCCGCCGCAGCAACGUAACUUUACCCAGAGCUACUACCAGAAGCCCAAUAAGCACAAGUUCAAGCACCAAAAGGGCGCGCCCGAUGCGGACCUCAUCUUUCACUGAAACGUUGCCCCCGCUAACGGAAGCGAUAAAAGCCGGUGCCGGUGAGUGCGGGAGCUCCCGGGUGUUUUGAGUGGUAGCACUUGUGCGUUUCCCAGCCUCCUGGCCGGCGUAUUGAUAUCACUCUGUUGCUGCUGCUGCUGCUGCUGCUGCUGCUGUACGGCCUACCGACUGCGAUUGCGAUACCACGGAACCGAAAGAAUACGGUGCCGGAGAGCAACGCUCCAAGAGCCGUUCACUCUUCGCCAACGAAAUGCCACAAGCUUCUCGGCAAUUUCCGAUCCGAAACACAAGAGCCACACCAACCUCAAGCCGUACUUAAGCCAACCAUUUAAAAAAACAACAGGCGUAUGCCAAGCCACUCAAUCGCAGUCGUGGCAGCUGAAGCCAAUCCAAAUGGCCCCGGGACCUCGUCCUCGAUAUUAACGUGUAUAUAGAACUGCUACGUCCCGAUCCGUAUCCGUAUCCGUAUAUUUUAACACUACUUAGUACGUAAAAAUGCCUAGACUUGUUUCGAAAACAGAACCCAAUUGAAUAACAAAAGCAUGUAUACAACGAUGAUAUAUACAGAUUGUUAUAGAAUGUUAUACACACAUCCGAUAUUGCCAUCCGAUGUUAGCUGUUCCAUUGACAUUUUUGAAUCAAAUGCAGAAUACAGUCUGAAA